GCAAGCACCACUUGCUUUAGCCCCGAGCUGUGCCUGUCUGUUAAUCGCCUCCAUCUUUUUGAACGGAAUUGGUAUGACUAGCUGACCACUGAAAUAUGACAACCUGCAGUUCUCCAGCUCGGCUACUAUAUGAAAAUGACUGGCCAACAUCAACUCUGUAAAAGCCGACAUGGAAAUUCACCAGGAGCUAUUCCUGUUUCAGCAGUGCAUUCAUCGCUGACUGGUACAUGAGGUAACCUCGUCCAGCAGUUACGCUCCUACCGCCACCCCGAAGAGUCCUUGAAUGAAGCCUCUGCGCGCUGACAGCGGAACAAAGGAGAACCUCCUUAAGAGAGAAGGGGAGGAGAAAGCGUUGCAACCCCACCUCCCGGUUAUUUCAUCUUCCUUACAAGGCUAAAGCUAGAAGCUUUCCUCUGCCGCCUGGAUCCCUUAAAAGCCGCUGAGCAAGCCCCUAGGAUCCCGGUGGAGUGCAGUCGGGAUGUGAGGCUGGCAGAGCUGGGGAAGGAGGCACCGCGCGAGAGCCCUGUGGAGAGCGUGCCAGAGAAGGAUGGUGCUCUCCAGAGAAGUGUGACAGUAUCCUAUGAAUCCUUAACCAGGUGUUCAUUGAUGCAGAUCUUCCAAAGAAACAUGAAAUCAAACCCCAAAAGAAAUCACUGAGGGGGGAAAAGUGCAACGUAAGAGGUAAAAUGAAAAACUGGCCUUUUGAGUAUAGCUGCUGGAGCUGUGACAGACCAAGAGACCAGAGGAUUACUACACAGCUCCUGCAGAUUUUCAUCUAAGGAACAGGCUCAGCCUUCCAAGUGUGUGCUGAGGUGUGGGUUCAGCAGCCAAGGAUGGAAGUGCUACGCCGUUCCUCAGUCUUUGCUGCAGAGGUGAUGGAGGUUUUUGACAGGUCUCCCACUGACAAGGAGCUUGUGUCCCAAGCCAAGGCUCUCUGCAGAGACUACAUAAAUUCAAGGCUAAUUCGAGCAGGUGUCAGCUGGAGCAAACCCGAAUACAAUGCACCAGUACCUGGCGGUAAGCUGGCCGAGGUGUCCACCAUACUGCUGCGACUAGGGGAUGAGCUGGAAUAUAUUCGCCCCAACGUCUACCGGAAUAUUGCCCGCCAAUUGAACAUCUCACUGCACUCAGAGACGGUGGUGAUGGAUGCCUUCCUGGCAGUAGCUGCGCAGAUUUUCACUGCAGGCAUAACAUGGGGCAAGGUAGUGUCCCUUUAUGCUGUGGCAGCUGGGCUGGCAGUGGACUGUGUACGGCAUGCACAGCCAGCCAUGGUUCACACCAUCGUAGACUGCCUGGGAGAGUUUGUCCGCAAGACCUUGGUGACAUGGCUGAAAAGAAGAGGAGGCUGGGCAGACAUCACAAAAUGUGUGGUGAAUACUGACCCCAGCCUUCGCUCCCACUGGCUCGUGGCUGCUGUUUGCAGCUUUGGUCACUUCCUCAAGGCUAUCUUCUUUGUCCUGCUGCCUGAGAGAUGAAUCCAAGUCACCAAGUGCAACCCUCCUACCCCAUCUCCUCCCCCACUCCAGAAGCAGUGGUAAUGGCAAUCUCUGAAGAGGAGGAAGAGAAGAACUGGGACAAACAAAAGGCUUGUUCACCUCUCCCUUCAGCUGGGAGCAGAUGAUCGACCACAGUCUCCUUUUUGCAGCCACAGGAGCCUCUUGCCAUUAAUCCUUUCAAGAGUCUUGUUUUGCUGGGUGACUUGUGUGUGUGGCGUGGACAUUGCCAGUCCCUGAGCACACUGAUUGCAGCUGUGUGCAGUGUGGACUGUCAUACAUCUUUUACUCACAGCAGUGUUGCAUGCUUAUACUAGUGACAGGCAGAAGGGAGGAGGAAGGGGAUAUUAUUUGAAAUGGGAUAGAAAAUAGAGGGGAAGAGUCCUUCCUUCACUCAAUGUGAUUCUGCUUUCAGUCCUCAGACUCGCAUUGAUUCUUCUUGUUACAUUUGUGCUUAAACUCCAUCUCCUCCUUUAUACAUAACUGUUGACUUGCUGGGCUCUGCCCCAGCCCGGUGUGGUGGAGGGGAUUGUCAGCUGUGGGUUUUUAAUGUGACAAAAACAAAUGUACUGACAUCAGAUACCUCUCUCUGACAUACCAUGGAAAUCAGACAGAGUGACUGUGUGAGGGGGCAGGACUAGAGAGCAGUUGCAUGGGAUGCAGUUUGCAAGUGUGUUUUGUUGACCCCUCUUACUGCGCUUGCAUGCUGUUUCAAACAGGAGAGCGAGGGGCAAUGCCUUCAAGCAACAACUCGGGAUUGAAUUUCAUAAUGAAGAAAAAUGUUUAUUCCACUGGGAUUUUGUCAGAGUUAAGCAUGUAAGUAGGAAAGGCUGGGGGGCAUGGGUAGGAAUUCAGGAAACAGUAAGUGAACUGUCUGGUGGUUGGUGUGAAGGGGGAAAGCUGCGUCAAAAGUAGCUGAUUUAUGUUUCUCCUUUAAUGUAUCCAGAAGUACAACUCGCAGUUGUCUUUGUGGCAAACAAUAAAAGACAAUAGGUGGUGUUUCA